CAAGAAUUGUUUUGAUAUAAAAAUUGAAAAUCUCCGAAAUAAAUUCCUGUAAACUAUUUACUCAUUAGUGGUACUCCCUGCGUGUGUUGGUUGUCCUCUUCUCCCAGAAGGAAGAGAGGCCACUAAAGUAAGGGGAGCAACAAUAUGUUGAAAUUUCUAUCGAAGGUUAAGAUCGAAUUCAACGCGAUCGAUCCGCGCACGGCGUCAUGUAUGGAGUUCCUAGCCCAAUGCAACGCCCCAAAGUCAAAGGAGUCCAACCCCGCCUGUCAAAUUCAGGUGAAGCGCCGCACCGACGACUUCCCUCCCCAGAUCACCGUCACAUUCGCCAAUGGCGCCGAGCAAACCUAUGAUGCCACUACCACCCCCGCCCAAACCAUUCGCAACAUGAUUCUUGAGAAGGGUCAGUAUCUCGAGACUGAGCAGAUGUUCCGUGAAGCUGGUGAGAAGUGGCCCGUUGUCAUCCCAACUGAAGAGCUAAACGAACCAUUUAUUGGAAUUAAGAACACUCACAAUGCUCUUAUGAAUGUACUCUGGGCAUGGAACAUCCAGAGCCACGGAAAGCAGAAGAGAAAAAAUAGUGACAGCCAUUGGAGUUGUUCUUUGAUUAGUUUUUCAUCCGGAUAACCCCUCAAAGUGGAGAAGAUGAUCCAGCAAAGAGGUGUGUGUUUUUUGGCAUGAUAAGUUAGGUAGUGUGUGUUACCCCAUCUGUUGAGGACAAUAAUACAUUUCAACUUUGCAUGUUUCUGGUUUUUUCAUUUUCGAACUAAAAAUUCGCUUUUAUUUCUGACUUUCUGUUUUCUUCUUAUAGUUUAAUUAAAUUUGUGUAUUUCCGUGAU